ACGACGAUGGUUAACAUCUCUGAAAUUUCCGACGACUCUAAUGACGGCGGCGAUCCAAACAAGAAACCAGAAGAACUCGACAAGAAACCAAAAGAAGAAGCAGUUUUAAGAAGUACAAGAAACGAGAACCGAAACAAGAAGCCGGAGGAAGAAGACGUAGAAGAAGAAGAAGACAAACGUUCGACAUCUUUCCAACUUCCAGACAAUGUCACCGAAGCUCUCGUCGCACUCAUCCGGAGAUGUGAUUACCCAAGUCUCUCUUCCGUCUCCCGUUACUUUUUCGGUUUGAUCGCUUCGUCAAGUCUCUACGAAACGCGUGCGCGCCUCGGUCUUUCCGAAACGUUUCUUUAUGCAUCCAUCGGAUACCCUACUACUAAUGAUCUCCCAAGCUGGCAUAUUUUGCAUCGAAACAAGGCUUCUUCUUUACGACUGACCAAACUCGGUUCGCUUCCACCCGUGCCUUGGGGAGCUUCUGUCGUAACUAUCGGUUUAGAGAUGUAUGUUAUCGGUGGAAUCGUCGACCGAAGAUACGUGAAGUUUAUGAAUGUCAUCGAUUGCAGAACUCACAAGUGCCGCUCGCUCCCGGGAACGAGAAGGGGUCGUUUCAAGGCAGCCGCUGGAGUAAUUGACGGAAAGAUUUACGUAAUCGGAGGUUUCAUAAUUCAACUUCCAUUAGAGUCGGACUGGAUCGAAGUGUUCGAUCUUGAGAAACAGAUUUGGGAAUCUUUCCCUGGUCCGUACCCUAAAUCUAGUACGUUUAGCGAGUUUGGGACAUAUGUUGUGAUGGAAGACAAGAUUUACAUUUCGGAUUCGGAAGGCAGUUUGGUUUACGAACCAAAAAGAAGAGGUGGUGAGUGGGACGCAUCCGCCGUCGGUGCAACUCAUCCAAUAACGAAAGAUACAAGUCCUGUGCAAUGUGUGGUAGAUGAUAUGCUGUAUACAAUUGAUCCUCGGUGUAGUCUUGGACAUCCAAUAGUCGUCUAUGAUCCAAAGGAGAAGACUUGGAGACCUGUGAAAGGUGAAUCUUUGGGGAGACUGCCUAAUUAUAUCGUUUAUCAUUCUGCAAUGGCGAAUUUUGGUGGAAAGUUGGCGAUUUUGGGCAAUAGUAGCAGCCUUGUUCAUCAUGGUGUUUGCAUUGGGGAAAAAGGUAUUUGGUGCGCAAUGAUCGUGUUGGAAAAACGUGAAGGAGGUGAGAUUUGGGGGAAUGUCGAAUCACUCGACUGUGUGCUUGGAGGCGGCAUUAACCAUCUCAUGCUUCAGCUUUGCCAAACUCUUACCAUUUGA